UUUCAGUUACAUUUUUAAUUAACGAUGCCAAGUACUUCUUGUUGUGUACCUGGAUGUCAUUUAAGAGGAGGACAUGCAUUUCCAAAUGACUUUAAAAGAAGGAAAAGUUGGAUCAACGCCAUGUCCCAUACGCAGAUUGGACGAGAACACGAUGAAAUCGUGGAGUCCAUCUCAAUCAGCUGUUGUUUGCAAGGCACAUUUUACUGAAAAAGACUAUGUGCAGGAAACUAUUCAUGGGCGCAAACCCACCAUACAGAGACUUAAGUCUACUGCCAUUCCCAGCCUAUUUUCCUGGACCAAGCAAGAGACUGAAUUGUCCGCAAAAAGAAAAAUCAGGGCAGUUUCCUGUGAAAACAAAAGAACUAAACUUGAUGAAUAUUGGAGUAGAAAUCUAGAGGAAAGUUUUGAUUGUAAAGUUGGUUUUCCUGAAGAAGUCAUUCAUACUGCAGAAAGGAUUUAUGACUGUCCACCACCAACUGCCGAGCUAAUGUUGAGCUUCACAGAUGGAAUUACGCAAACACCAUCAAUGCCUAUGUUUUCAGCAGAGAAUUUUGAAAUGAAGACAUGUGACACAGCCAUGCAUUUUUAUACCGGUUUAGAGUUGUAUACUAAAUUUUUAUUUGUUUUGACCACACUUGGUCCAGCAGCACAUUGUUUGAGAUACAUAUAUUUUCAAAUUGAUAGGGUGUCAGUUGAAAAUCAGUUUUUUUUAUGACUUUGAUGAAAUUGAGGCAUUAUACAACCAACUUUGAACUUUCUAGAUUCUAGAUUGAAUCUAGUGUUAAGAAUAUUGUGUAUACAUGGAUUGUUUUUAUGUCUAAACAUUGGUGUGAGGCUAACACUUGGCCAUCUAGUGGUUUAGUCAGGUAUUUUUCACCAUCCAACUUCAAAUUAAAGUUUCCUACGACUUGGAUUAUUAUUGACAGCACAGAAUAUCCUGUGAUAAAACCUAAAGCUCCUAGAGCUCAGGCAACCUUUUCAUCAUAUAAAAACAGAAACACUGAAAAUACUUGUAUGUUCGACACCUGGUGGUUUAGUCAACUAUGUCUCUAAUGCAUAUGUUGGUUCUACCAGUGACUAUAAAAUAGUUGAAAGAUGUAGAAUAGUUCAAUUAUGUGAUCCAGGUGACAGUGUGAUGGCAGACAAAGGUUUAAAUGUGCAAGAUUUGUUUGCUAACUUUUUUCAAAAAAAGAAACAGAAUUAGUUCCAAAACUCUUAUACGGGAUAGAAAAGUCUCCAAUUAACAUGUGCACAUAC